AUGGCCUCGAACUGCGCGGGGGGCUCGUCGGCGGGGGGCGCCGGGGCGGCGCUGGGGGCCGCGCUCAGCGCCAGCAAGACCAAGACCAAGAAGAAGCACUUCGUGUGUCAGAAGGUGAAGCUGUUCCGGGCCUCGGAGCCGCUGCUCAGCGUCCUCAUGUGGGGGGCCAACCACACGAUCAAUGAGCUAAGCAAUGUCCCUGUCCCUGUCAUGUUAAUGCCGGAUGACUUUAAAGCCUACAGUAAGAUUAAGGUGGACAAUCAUCUUUUCAACAAGGAAAACUUGCCAAGUCGUUUUAAAUUUAAGGAGUACUGCCCCAUGGUGUUCCGAAACCUCCGCGAAAGAUUUGGGAUUGACGAUCAAGAUUAUCAGAACUCCGUAACACGAAGCGCCCCAGUGAACAGCGACAGCCAAGGGCGAUGCGGGGCCCGUUUCCUGACCACCUACGACAGGAGGUUUGUCAUUAAGGCAGUGUCGAGCGAAGACGUAGCAGAGAUGCACAACAUACUAAAGAAGUACCAUCAGUUUAUAGUGGAAUGCCAUGGGAACACCCUUCUCCCUCAGUUCCUAGGCAUGUACAGACUCACCGUGGAUGGAGUGGAAACCUACAUGGUAGUCACCAGGAAUGUAUUUAGUCACAGGCUGACUGUGCAUCGGAAGUAUGAUCUGAAGGGCUCAACAGUCUCCAGGGAAGCGAGUGACAAAGAAAAGGCCAAGGAUUUGCCAACGUUCAAAGACAACGACUUCUUGAACGAAGGCCAGAAGCUCCACGUUGGAGAAGAGAGUAAAAAGCACUUCCUCGAAAAGCUAAAGCGGGACGUGGAGUUUUUAGCUCAACUGAAGAUCAUGGACUACAGCCUGCUGGUGGGCAUUCAUGACGUCGACCGGGCAGAGCAGGAGGAGAUGGACGUGGAGGAUCGGGCCGAGGACGAGGAGUGUGAGAACGAUGGCAUUGGCGGGAAUCCUAUUGGCUCUUAUGGGACCCCACCUGACAGCCCCGGCAACCUCCUCAACUUCCCGCGGUUCUUCGGGCCUGGGGAGUUUGACCCUUCAGUCGACGUAUAUGCCAUGAAAAGCCAUGACAGUGCCCCUAAGAAGGAGGUGUAUUUCAUGGCCAUUAUAGAUAUUCUUACACCAUACGAUGCAAAGAAGAAAGCUGCACAUGCUGCCAAAACAGUGAAACAUGGGGCCGGGGCGGAGAUCUCCACGGUGAAUCCGGAGCAGUACUCUAAACGCUUCAAUGAAUUUAUGUCCAAUAUCCUGACAUAG